AUGUACCAUGUCUCUACGCUAUAUCUUAUACUCUUCCUACCGUAUACCCUAGGAAAAGAUAUCCAAACCAGGAGUAAAGACUGCAGAACACUCAGAGCAUUGAGAGUGCACCACACUGCCCGUGCAGAAACAUUAGUUGACUGA